AUGCAAAUCAUUCUUCCUCUCCUCGCUGGUGCUGGCCUUGCCACUGCCGGAUUAAUCCCAAGAGGUUCCCCGACUGUCAAGAGAGACAGCUGGGGUGGUGCCGUCUCACUCGGUCCAUCAAAGGCAAACAUCGUCAACGCCGUCACGACCAUCAUUCCGGGUACAGCUCCCUCCACACAGAAUGGAGAGCUUUUCCUGUGGCCUGGUAUGUCAAAUGGUACAGGUGAUCUGAUCCAAACCACCCUGGAGAGCUGGCCCGAUAACUCGUGGUGCGGCGCGACAACUGGACAGUGGUGUGUGCGUGCCAGUGUCUUCGGGUCCUUUGGACAGUACAGUGGCGAUGGCAGCCCUGUUAGUGGAACUGAUCAUGUGCGAAUUGAGUAUAACCUCGAGAGUGAUGGACAGACCUGGAUUCAUUACGGUACCGGAACCGAGUGUGAUGAUGAUUGCACCGGUACUAUCGCUGCCCAGCAGUACCUCAACACGACCAUCACCCUCGAUGCUGGUGAUGCCACCUUCGGAGACACUAUUGUCACCAGCUCUGGUGCCAGUUAUACUGGACUCGCCUCAAGCCAAAGUGGCAAGGUCUGGACUAUCAAGGCUAUGAACAUUCCGGCCAUGUCCUAA